AUGGCGGGACUUGGGAAAACGAAACUAGCUCGAACAGUCUAUAAUGAUGAAUCUCUUAUCAAACAUUUCCAACUCAGAAUAUGGGUUACUGUACCUGCUGUUUUUGAUCUAGGUGAGGUUUUAAAAAAGAUGAUAAGUUACGUUAAAACUAAUGAUGUUAAGCGUGAUUAUGGAUGUUACGUUCUUAAAACUAAUGAUCUAACAAUGAUACUUCGAGAGAUGUUGAACGGGAAGAAGUAUCUGCUAGUACUUGACGACUUUUGGGAUGUCGAGAAUUUUUACAUCUGGGAAAACCUAAUAUCGAGGUUGACGUUUGGUUCUCAUGGAAGUAAGAUUUUAAUCACUAGUCGUAAAAUCAAUGUUGCAAGGAGUGUCCGAUGGAUGACCGAUACAUAUCACUUGCAAGAAUUAUCAACAGAUGAGUGUUGGUCAAUUAUCAAGGAAAAGGCAUUUUCAUCACCUCGGAGCAGGGCAUCGGAGAAUCCAGAAAUGGUUAAAAUAGCAAAGGAUCUAGCAAGAAAAUGCUGUGGUUUACCACUUGCUGCCAGAAUAUUGGCCUAUAUUUUGGCCUCGAAAACAAAAGAAAGUGAAUGGGAUUUCUUUCAAGAAUGCUUUAAAACAAGAAAACAUUCAAAAUUUCAUACGCAGAUCUACCCAACAUUACAGUUAAGUUACGACCAUCUGCCGUCAUCAGCUCUAAAACAAUGCUUUUCUCAUUGUUCUGUAUUUCCCAUGGGUUAUGAGAUCGAUAGAGAAGAGAUAAUUAAAUUAUGGAUGGCCGAAGGCUUUCUUGUACCAUCCAAACACAAGGGUGAUGAGUUGGGUGAGAUUCAGAAGUGUAAGCUGAAUGAUUUGGUAUAUCAUCUAGCAGCCACUGUUGCUGGUGAUGAAGAUGAACAUGUGCCCAGAAUGUUUCAAGAAGUUGGUAAUUAUAAAAACAGACUACGUACCUUUUUUGCUACUGAAGUAGGAGACUGUGAUAAGAUUGAAAAUGUUUUCCGGAAUAGGAAUUUGCGCGUAUUAUACUUGAGUGGUUCAUCAAUUCAGAAACUACCGGCUUCGCUUUCAAAGUUGAGACAUUUAAGAUAUCUUAAUCUCUCGGGAUGUCAGAAUCUUGAUGUAUUGGAUGAUCAGUUUGUCAAUAGUCUCUAUAAUCUGCAGACAUUGGUGUUGCACAAGUGCACCUCCCUUUCAAAACUUCCUGAAGGUUUACCUGUAAACAUCGGCGCUUUGAAAGAUCUACGGAGCCUUAAUAUUUCACAUACAGGAAUAACGAUAUUACCUACUUCAGUUACUAGUCUCCAAAACUUGCGAGCAUUAGAUGUCUCUAAUUGCAUAAAUUUUGAAGGGUUACCUGGAAACAUUGGAUCUUUGAAAGAUCUACGGAGCCUUGAUAUUUCACAUACGAAGGUGAGUAGAUUAUCAGACUCUAUCAGUGAUCUUGAAAGAUUGAUGACGCUUAGAUUGCACUCAUGUCCCAACCUCGAAGAUUUGCCUAAAGGAAUUGAAGCAUUGGGAUGGUUAAAAGGGCUUGACAUCACUGGUACGAAGGUCAAAGUAGUACCUGAUCAGUUUCUUGCUUAA